CUGGGAGGUGCGGCAUGACACCACGUUAUUAUUUGUUUUACAGCGGCUUCGUUUCAUCCUGAUCGCGGAAAUUUAUCGAAGGGAUGUUAGGAUCUCUAGCUGAAACUCGUGUCGACUGUUUCCAAACGUGCGCGGCAAACCAUACAGAGCUCUGAUGUGAAUCGGACCUGUCUGUAAGGUGGCAUUGUGCGGCUGUGCUUCUGUAGCGGACGGAUGUGGUUGCAUUCCAGCAUGAAUGGGUUUUGAACUCCGCGCUGGAGCAAGUGCCAGUGCUGGUGCUGCUGCUGCUCAGUUGCACUGCGCGCGAUCAUAGUCUAGACUAGACUUUACAAAAAGGCAGGUGUAGGUUAUGCUACUGCUUUGACUAACCCAUAUGUCGGAUUUUAUUACACCAAUUUCUCGCGAACAGCCGAUAUCCCCUUGAAGACCUACUGUAUGCCACUUGUGGGAUCGCUGACUGAGACCAGAAGCGACAGACCCGAACCUUAAUCCUGAAGGACAGUCCAGCGCAGUCCGGCAAGAGCGGAGGGGUGAGAGAGAGAGAGAGGAGCAAGGAAGGUAGAAGGACAAGACCAAGAAGAGGGUUUGCUUUGGUGAUUACACCCACAGAUGUCUGGCUCCUCCAACGCGUCGCCCAGUGCGAUCCUAAUGUCUGGAUAGUGUGAGAGUUCAAGAUACAUCUGGAAGGAGAGAUCUUCAACAUGAAUACAGACAGUGGAGGAUACGUGAUGCGCAAAAGCACAAGCCUCUCGCUCAGUCUAACCCCCAUGAAGAGAAUCCAGAGCUCGCCAAACCUGUGUGGGGUCUCAGGUACCGAGUCUCAUUCAGCCGAGUCAGAUGUCUGGAGGUCAUACGGCACCGGCGAGCCCCUCAGGAAUGGAGACGCCGCCACUUCCUCUCUGGCUGCCAAGGGCUACCGCAGAGUCAGGCCCAACCUGCAGGAGAAGAAGUCCCCCACACCGGUUCCACCCCUACGGAGAGACAGCUUUCAGUUGCCGUCGGCUCUCGGCGGGUGUCCAUCUCAUCUCCCUCAGUCCACUCAGUCAGGUCAUAAAGGCCCAGUGGCCUCCCCCACGUGCUCACCCUUCACACACUACUCCUACACUUUCUCUGAGAGCAGCUCUCGUGGGCCUCUGGUCAGAGGCCGCACUACUACACCAAGCCCAGCGGCUGAUGCCAGAGCACUGUCCGUUAACGUUCAGGUAGGAGGAGGGAGCGUCUCCCCAGCCGCAGAGCGACAAGCCACACAGAGUGUGCCUGUUGUCGCUGACCAGCAGCUGACCAGCUGGAGGCCCGACGACCCGCAGCCUGGACGGCAUGUGUCUUGCCUCUCCAUCCGAGUCAAGCCCAGCCCAUCAGCCCAGCCUCGGCGCCUGGAGCCUGUGGUCCCAUGGGCAUCGUCCCGUCCACCGCUGCCCACUACCCGGGCACACGCGGGCCAGAUGGCGGUGAACGGGAGCCUCGGUGUGCCAGGAAGCGGCCACAGCCUCCACCUCCAGAGGCCUUUCUCUCCGUCUGCGUACCCGCCGCCGCCAGCCUUCAGCCAGGGCCUGUCGCUCCUGUCGGCGUCCCACCGGAGCACCGAUCCCAGCAGUGGUCCUGUCCAGGCCAGCACAGCCCCCGCGGCUCCCGCAACAUCGCCAGCUCCAGCUCCAGCUCCUGUCCAGGAGAGAGAGGAGGAGGCCAGGAAAACACCCUCGCUAAAGCCUCAACACUACACUGGGAUCGGCCCCGUGGAUGAGUCCGGCAUACCUAUCGCCAUUCGAACGAGUGUGGACAGGCCGAAGGACUGGUACAAGACCAUGUUCAAGCAGAUUCACGUUGUACCCAGAACAGAUGAUUAUGUAAACACACAGAAUGUUUAUCCAAUUAGUAGCAGUGAGAAGCGUGGCACUACCAACUCCAUCCAGGCCCACCCAGCACCCCAGACCCACACGUACAGACCCCUCCCGAAGAGCGCGUCAGACAACGGCACAUACACCUUCCAGAAGAGCAGCACGCCGUCCCCGGUGCCCCACGCCUCGCCAGCUCCCUCUCAGCCUCACUCUCACACUCACCCUCGGACCCGCGAGCGCGAGAAGGAGCGCGAGCAAGACCUCAGCACGCCAGACAUGUUGAAUGACUGGGGACCUCCUGACCGAAAAGUAGAUACUCGCAAGUACCGCGCCGAGCCCAGGAGCAUCUUCGAGUACGAGCCGGGCAAAUCCUCCAUCUUGGAGCAGGAGAGAGCAACGGGUCAUAUAGACCUAGAUGAGUUAGACUUAGAGAAUGAGCCCUGGUAUAAGUUCUUUUCUGAGCUGGAGUUUGGACGGCCGCCUCCCAAAAAACGCCUUGAUUAUAACCCAGAGAGUGUACAUCGAGCCAAGGCAGAGGCUCCCUUGUAUCCAGCCCCAACAGAAAGGAGUCUGGAGCGACCAUCAAGUUCUGCCAGUGACAACCGUAAGAGGCGAAAGUCGGAGCCGACGUCCAGCCAGCCGCGGCCGCACAGCAGCCAGAGUGUGCCCCAGAGCGUUAGCCACCCGAGCUCCCUCCUCCUCGCCGAGACGCCCCGUGCCGGCUUCGCCCAAAGCGCCGAACCCCCCCGUGCUGGCUACGCCCCGAUUGCCAACCCACCACGGAGCGCCUACGCCCAGAGCACUGAGCCGCCCCGCGCCGGCUACACCCAGAGCACUGAGCCGCCCCGCACCGGCUACACCCAGAGCACUGAGCCACACCGCGCCGGCUACACCCAGAAGAAGCCCCUGAGCAGCUCCACCUCCUCCUCCCCCGCCAGAUCCAAAGAACCUUCCCAGGACUACUCGUAUCCAGAUGUGGGACGCUACACUCCUCAGAGCAGGAGACCAACGCCAGAAGCAACAGAGAAACAACCAGCCAGAGCAAUAUAUGACUUCAAGGCCCAGACUGCAAAAGAGCUUACUUUUAGGAAGGGGGACACGGUGUACAUCACACGACAAGUGGACCGCAACUGGUAUGAAGGAGAGCUGCAUGGCCGGACGGGCAUCUUCCCCAUCACCUACGUGGAGAAAAUCUCUCCAUCUGAGAGGCAGCAGCCGAUCAGGCCCCCUCCCCCAGCCCAGAGCCGAGAGAUCGGGGAGGCCGUGGCGCGCUACAACUUCAACGCCGACACCAACGUGGAGCUCUCUCUGAGGAAGGGUGAGAGAGUCAUCUUGCUCAGGCAAGUAGAUGCCAACUGGUUUGAGGGCAAGAUCCCUAGCACCAGCAAGCAGGGCAUCUUCCCCGUGUCAUAUGUGGACAUCGUCAAGAGGUCAUCCACCAACGCCAAGGACAGCACGAUACCCCAAAGCCACUCGUGCGACAGGGCUCUCAGCGCAAGCUCCAUUAGGCCGUCCUCUGUACGUUCUUGCUCUGCUGCCACGUCCCCCGCCCCCUCCUUCCAUCGGGUCACCUCCCCCUCCCGCUCCCCGGCACUCCCCCAACAGCGGCCGUCCCACCUGCAGGCGGUGACCAGUGAGUGGCUGGCGCUCACGCUGGGCCUCUCCCCGUACGGGACGCCGGCCCCCACCCCUCCCCCGUUACCUGCCAGCUUGCGGUCCGAGCUGGAGGCCCUGGAGGCCCUGGUGUCGCCGUCGCCUGCCCCCUCCUCCUCCUCUGCGCUGGGGCCCUCGCCGGCGCCGCUGUCCUCCACACCCGGUAGCCUCACGCCGGGGCCCAGGGAGGGCCACUUCAUCCCCAUCGGCUCUCUGAAGGGCUACGCCUGCUCGCCGGAGCCCACCCCCUCUCCGCAGCCCUACCUGGCCUCUGCUUCCUUCACGCCAUCCCCGACUUCGCCCCUCGUGUUUGACAUUGACCCCGCAUUCGGCAGCGUCAUUGAGUUGGUCCCCACCGCCACUACCAGCAAGCCCACAACAACAGGCUCACUCUCACCCACACUGGAGCAGCAGCCCUGGAAGAGUCUGACUCCCGACGAGAAGACCCUGGAGCCUCCGAAGUCGCCCUCCCCUCCAGCCAGCGCCUUCAGCCCCAUAGAGCUGGUUGUGUACGAGCCCAACGAGAGACCCCAUGAGAAGACCCAGGAAAGGCUUGUGGAGAGUCCCUUCGAGAGGUCCUACGAGAGCCUUCAGGCACAGCCCCACCUGGGGCACCACGAGGCACCCUUGAGCCAGGACGCGCUGCUGGCCUCUGGAGAUGCCGACGACGAGGAGUGUGAGGAGGUGAAGUCCAUCAUCAAAGGCAGCCAGCUGAAGCAACAGCAGCUGCAAGCAAAGGAGGAGGAGGAAGAGGAGAAAGGCUUUUACUUGCUGGGCUCCGACUUCACCGAGGAGCUCCCCCAGCUCUUCAUCGAGGAGGAGCCGGGCGGGGGGAGCCGGACAGCGGCCAGCGACCUUUUGACCUCAAACACUUUCACACCUGUUCGUACUGAGGCCUCAGAGCGAGAGUCUCAGAGACAAGCUUAUGUGCAAGAUCCACUACAAGGGACUGGCGAACCGUUCCAGGCUCUUUACAACUACGCCCCUCGUAAUGAAGAUGAGCUGGAGCUCAAAGAAGGAGACAUUGUUGACGUCAUGGAGAAGUGUGAUGAUGGUUGGUUUGUAGGAACGUCGAGAAGAAGCAAGUUCUUUGGCACUUUCCCUGGGAACUACGUGAGAAGGAUAUAACAGGAGCGCGACACAUUUGCUGCCGCUGAGAGCUGACCCCGAGGGAAGAGGACAGACCGAGAGGCUCAGUCGAGGAGCUGACACCACACACAGUCCGCUGUCUAGCAAUGAUUCGCCAACUGCAGGCAAACAAGCAAACUAAAGCAAAGUGGCCCCUAGUGUUCAGCUCAGUGAGGUGAGGCUCAUAUGUGUAUUCCAGAAGAACAAGUGGCACCACGGCAGGACAAAGUGGCAUUGAGAAGGGACUGAAUUGCACCAGAUAUGGUAUUUGGUUUUAUAGGUAUUUUUUUAUGAAGUGAUUUUCAGUCCGUAACAGGAAGAGACGACUGUGGCACCCAGAUUUGGUGGACUGUUAUGGACGCUUGGACACAACUGAAUGAGGACAAAUCUUCACUGACGUGUCUGCCUUUCAAUCAUGCAAAUUAAGUUUAAUGUUAUGAAGAACCAAGUGCCCUAUUUAAUUUUUCUAUUUAUUAAAUGGUAUAUAUAUUUUUUCUCUUCUCUUGUAUUUGGGGUGCAUAUAGUUUUUCAUUGUUAAAAGAGGGCUAGAUUAGAAGAGCUCAUUGAUUUUUUUUCUCAGACUCUCAGAUGUGCGAGUCUCGCCUUGUUUCAUUCUGUCAUGGUGCAGAUAUGAGUCUGAGUGCAGCUGCCUCACAAUCCUGAGCUGCGUCUGAUUCUGCUGCGAGUCUGGUCCAGUCCUGGCCCGCAUCCUGUGGACUCAUGCCACACCACGUGCGGACCAGGACGGGAACUCGAACAGGUUUCGGGGUCAGAUGUAGUUUAGGUUUGCGUUACAUUUGUGCCAGACUCUUAACAGCUUUCUUAGCACCCCAUUCCGACAAGCAAUACACUCCUUCGUCUCCACCAGCCCAUCCGAACCUGCUCCAGGCUAGUGGAAAGAGUUCACCUGACUUUUUCCAUGACAUCAACCCCCUCCAGUAUUCAGCCAUCGCCCCCCAGACAUUCCUCACACACCUGACGGACUGUACACCUGAGCGCGAAUCACGGACCUUGAUGAUCUUUUUAGUGAUAUUUAUAAGAUGCCCCCUUGAAGAGGACCCGUGACUGCAAGGGAUAAUUAGUAUACAUCCAAUUAAAGUGUCCACGGCUGGCAAACAGGUUCCUCUGUCCUCUUGCGCUGGACGACUGUGUGUACAUCAGUGGGGUUCCCCACAAAAGCUUCUCGUGUCAGGAUGGGUGUAUAGGGAAGUCGAGAGAUGGAGUGAGAGGAAGAGUCUACUGUAAAGAAUCUACUGUAUGUCUUGGCAGUCUCAGUGUUUUGUACCAGUCACCCUCCACUGUUGUUAUGGAUACGGUUAGGUCAACAAAAAAUAAUCAGAUCGAUUUUAUUUCUUUCCACUUUUGAAAAAAUAAAAAUGUUAUUUAAUAUAUUUUGGUAAUUUUGCAAUUCCAUUGUACAUUGUGUCAAUUAAAUAUUUGUGGUAGACCCAGAAUGGUGCAUUUUGUAACCAGCAAUGCUAAUAAUAAUGUCUUGGUUAUGAUUUUAUUGUAUUCUUUAUAUCGUCAACUACAGUGCAGACUUUAAGCAAUUAUGCAAAUGUUAUGUAAUCGCAAAUUAAUUUCCAAGUUAAAGUUUAAUUAUUCUGAUGUCAUUCAGGUGAAAGUUAAAAAAAGAAUUGUGAUUUUUAAACAUUAGAAGCACCUUAAAAUUCCAUAACUUGGGAUUUUAUCUCGUUACACUGCCUGAUGUCACCACACUGAACCAUAGUGAAUCUUUUUUAUAUAUAAAAUAUAUAGAUAUAUAUAAGAAGCUAUAAUUCAAGGAAUGACUCAGUAUAGUUAAGCUUGCUUCUCCUGUCUUCCAUUCUAUGUGGUUACAUUUGGAGUUCCCAAGUCUUCACUUUAGCCAGCAUUUAUGCAACCAAGAGUGCAGACGAGAAAAUGUAUAUGUGAAACUCCAGAAGAUGAUGUCAAAUCCAGAGCGGAUGUGCCAGUGGAGGGAGGACAUUGUAUACCAAAAGUAUGAGAGAGUGCGGGCAUCGGUGACUCCUGUCCUCUGAAAUGCAGAUAUGAGGUUGAGAGUGUUGGAUAGCGUGGUGAAUUUUGAAUAUGGACUUAUUGAAAGUGAUCCCCCUGGACGGUCGUGUUGGCUACUUUUGUCGACAGCAUAGCCACCAGGCUCACCAUCUGGAGGGAUACUGUGCAGAGCGAGAACUGGCAAGCCAAGUGUGAGGUCAACCUUUAUUUUUUUAAAACUCUUUUUUUUUUUGGUGGAAUUGUACGUUAAAUAAAUUCUGUCUGACAAACAUUGUA